GGAAAAAAUCUUAAAGGCAAUGGCCAAUUUCUUUUACUGUAGGUGUGAGGAGUUCGAUAUGGUUUAAUUUUAUUUCUGCCAGCCGCUGCAUUGCUUUAUAAACCAUGGGAGCACAUGACCUGCAAGAAUUUAUUGAAAAAUUUUGCCCAAAUGCUUGUUUGAAUGUGGACCUCGGGCACUCUGCUUGGCGGAAACAAAUCAAUGGAAGAAAUGCUUUUAAUCAUAUUGAAACUUUGUAUUUGGUAAUUGAUGCUGAAAGUUGCUUGCAUCGUCUAUAUGGAGGAUCCUAUACUGACUGGGUGUGUGGUGGACAAUGGAACCAGAUGUAUCACUUCAUAAAAUGCUUUUGUAUGGCUGCUGAAAGAUCUAACAUAGAAUUCACCAUAUUUUUCAACGGAGCAUUGGAAAAGCAGAGAAUUACAGAAUGGACCAAAAACCAAAACAAACUGAAAGAAAAUAUCCGAAAAAUCAUAAACCAUACUUAUAAGAGGGGAACUCCACCACCCAAGGUUUGGUUCACCCCCCCUCCAUGCAUCACUCAUUGUAUACGAACAGCAUUCAUUGCUUGUGGUGUACAAGUGUGUCAGAGCAUCAACGACCACCAUAGAGAGAUCAUAGCAUACUGUCGUGGUAAUGCAUUCCAUGGUAUAUUGGGCCAAUCUGGCGAUUACGUUGCGUUUGACCCACCCCGUUACUUCUCUUCCCAACUUCUUAAACUCUCCCGGUAUUCCUACUGCAUCUCGACUGUUCAAUUUCAACUCGAUGAACUUUCCAAACAUCUCUCAUUGCCUGCACAUCAUUUUCCAUUGCUUGUUACUUUGCUGGGUAACCAUAUUUUAAAGCCUGAGGAGGUGGCUGCAUUUUUAAUGGGACUCGUGAACCCAACAUCUGAUGAUACUACUACAGAGACAAGCAUAAACAAGCUGGUACUGCCCGAAGUCUCAAAGAUUGUUCCUGCUGUUGCCGAUUAUAUUAACAAGUUAUCAACCCCUACAGACCUGGAUUCUGUUGCUAAGGUUGUGUUUAAGCGUUGCUCCAAAAAUUUUACCGACAAAACAAAGAGGUUGAAGGAGUCUGUUUAUUAUUAUCAAUCUGCAACUAGAAAUGGUGGGAGGUUUAUGGAGAGCUUGAAGGAACAGUCUACCUCCGCAGUAAAUAGUAUCAGUGAUAGUCAUGAAAAGGAAGACUUGGUUGAAAUAUCAUCUUUAAAUACAUCAGGCUCUGUAAGCAGCGGAAGUGAAGUUUCAACUAUACAAGAAAAUUCAGUUAAGGAGGAAAAUUUUGACAUUGUAAAAGCUAAUGAUGCAAUUGAUGCUCUUGCCUUAAAUUUAGAAAAUAAGCUGUUACUUGACAAAGUAGAAACACCUACAGAGAAAUCGGUAAGACCACCCUCACCAAUAGAAGAAAACCCAAUUCCCAGCAAUUCUUCUAUGGAUAAAUCAUACAGUGAGAUUGUCACCCCACCUUUACCUAAACUACCCGAUAAAGUGAUUGAUGUAACUUUGAAGAGACACAAAAUGUCACUCAUGCAUCCCUAUGUAUAUCAAACACUUACACAGGGCGAAAUUAAGCUUGAUGUAUCGCUUGAAGACGACUCCAACCAAUCCAUUCCACCUCUUGCUCACAUAUUUAGACCAAUCAGACAACACAUUUAUGGAAUUCUAUUCUCCAUAUCAAGUAUCAUGCGAACCACUAAUCAAGUGCGUCCUAUUAUAAUAAAAGAAUGGUGUGGCGCUCGUAACAAAACAACCUGGACGCCCGAGUUGGUUCCACCUCUUCCUUUUGAUGAUUGGCAGGUCCCAGCUUUGACAAGCCUUUGGUUUGGUACUGAACCAGUGGACAAGAACCGGCGUAUGCGAGCAUUUUUAUCUUGUCUACAUUCUGAUACACCAAGCAUGCUUAACCCACAUUUUGUUCCACACCAUACAUUGGUGCUAUGCUGCCUAUUAAGGUACUUAAUUCAAUUCCCAUCAUCAUGUGUUUUACACCGACAUGAAAUUGAUGCGUUUCUUGCAACCAGUGUUUCUGUGCUUCUAUUUGACCCGUAUGAGGAAAAAGAAGCGCCCCAUCUUACCCCAAGGGGCAUUGAGCUGGCGUCUAUGUUUAUGCGUGGUGUGGAUAUGGUUCUAUUUGCGAAUUCUGCUUGUGGGGAACCUAUACCUGCUAAGUAUGCUGCCCCAUGGAUGUAUUUUGAUGGCAGGGUUUUCCAGCAUAAAUUAUUUCUCAGUUUGCAAGAAGGGGCAAACCUUGUACAACUAUGUGAUGGAAAGGUAGACCACGUUGCAAGAGUUGAAAGAAUGAGACAAGCUAUAUUAGAAGGUUGUUCUGUACCUGUGUCCGUCACCCAGUCGUUACCCCCUCUUAACAUGGGGCCAAGACCACAGAUGACACACUUCUCCAAGGUGUCUGCACACCAAGCACGGUUUUAUUCGCCCAUUAAUCGAUCGCGUGGCCCAACACCUAUGGGAAGCUGGCCAGCAAACAAAAAUCCGAGAUAUUACAACGCAGGGGUGCAGGUUCGAGCUGGGUCAAGUGGCAGCUUUAGUAUUCGGCCACCCUUUCCAGCACACAGCUCAGGCCGUGGAAGAGGUACGACCAUGAGCAGUCAAUAGACACCUGAUACACAGCUACUGUGGAAGGCCUAUGACAUCAAACUUUUACCUUUUUCUUUGAAUUCUGCUAAGUUCCGACUGUAGCCGUUUCUGUUCGUUUAUUUCUGCUUUUUCUUUGCAUUGCUUAUUUUUCACUGCGUUUCCUAAUUUUGAUUCUCCGCUUUGUACUUUGAAGAAGCUUGUGGUAUCUUUGCAUCGUGUACGGACAUAGCUUGGUCGACGCCUCGUUCGAGUUGCUUUUUCAUUACAGGUUCCCGGGUGUAAUGAAGAAACUGCUAACUGUAUGUUGCACAUAAUAAAUACUGCCACUGGAAAAGUA